CCCUAGUCUCCGGUGCCGGCGAUCUCCGCUCGCUCCUCCUCGAUACGUGGCCGCGCUCUGUGAUACUGGUUGAAGACCUCGACCGCUAUCUUGCGGCCGCCACCGGCGAAGCGCGUAUUUCAGGGCUACUCUGCUUCAUGGACGGCGUGUUCUCCUGCUGUGGUGAGGAGAGAAUAAUGGUUUUUACUGCCAGUGGGGAGAAGGAGGUCGCCGGGCUUGAACAAGAAGUGGUCCGGUCUGGUCGGGUGGAUUUUCCGAUCCACUUCCCUCGCUGUGACUUCACGGCAUUCAAGACAAUGGCGGGGAGCUACCUCGGUGUUACGGACCACAAGCUAUACGCGCAGGUUGAAGAAGGGUUUCAGAACGGCGGACAGUUGAGUCAUGCCGAGCUCGGAGAGAUCAUGUUGGCGAAUCGGUGCUCGCCGAGCAGGGCGAUUAAGAAUGUAAUCAGUGCUCUGCAACGGUCGUCUUCUUCGACUCCGGCCGCCGCGGUGGAGAAGAAAAACUGCGGUGGUAAAGUUGAGGAGGGGAUUAAGGAAGGGGGAAAGGAGAUUAGGAGGCUAUAUGGGUUGAUUAGGAUGCGCAGUUGGAGCAAGAAGGAAAGGAGGAUGCCGGUGGAGAUCAACGGCGUUGUUGCCGGCGAGUAAUUUUUAAGGUGUUAAUGUUCGUUCGGUCACGGCUGUAACUCGGGAGGAAUUUUUUUUUUCUUAUUUUUUUGGGAUUUUUGUGGGGAUUUAUUUGGAGAGUUAUACUCGUGGGGCUGUC